AUGAGCGUCGACGUCGCAGUGCAGCAGCCUGCAGCAGCAGCAGCAGCCACGAAGGCUGCUGCUGCUGCUGCUGGCGACGCCGCGCAGCAAAGCAGCAGCAGCAACAGCAGCAGCGGCGAGGGACUUCGCCGCUAUUUAGAGUCAAAAGUCGAGCAGCUCGAAAGAACAAUUGCGGAGAAGACUCAAAACAAACAAAGACUUGAGGCCCAGAGAAACGAAUUCAACGCAAAGGUGCGGGAGCUGCGGGAGGAAAUCCAGCUGCUGCUGGAGCCGGGCUCUUAUGUGGGGGAAGUGGUGAAGGUAAUGGGCCGCGACAAAGUUUUGGUCAAAGUGACCCCCGAGGGCAAGUACGUGGUGGAGGUCUCGAAGAGCGUGGACCUGGCGCAGUGCACGCCGAACUCGCGCGUGGCGCUGCUGAACGACUGCUACCGGCUGCAUGCAGUGCUGCCUUCGAAGGUGGACCCGCUGGUGUCUCUGAUGAAAGUGGAAAAAGUUCCCGACAGCACUUACGAGAUGGUCGGCGGCCUCGAGCAGCAAAUCAAGGAGGUCAAGGAGGUCAUCGAGCUCCCCAUCAAGCACCCCGAACUCUUCGAGUCCCUCGGCAUUUCCCAGCCCAAGGGCGUGCUGCUGUACGGGCCGCCCGGGACGGGGAAGACGCUGCUGGCGCGGGCGGUGGCCCACCACACGGACUGCACCUUCAUCCGCGUCUCGGGGGGCGAGCUGGUGCAGAAGUACAUCGGGGAGGGCUCGCGGAUGGUGCGGGAACUCUUCGUGAUGGCGCGGCAGCACGCGCCUUCGAUAAUUUUUAUGGACGAGAUCGACUCGAUAGGCUCGCAGCGCACGGAGGGCGAGCACGGCGACUCCGAGGUGCAGCGCACCAUGAUGGAGCUGCUCAACCAGCUCGACGGGUUCGAAAGCACCAAGAACAUCAAGGUGAUUAUGUGCACGAAUAGAAUUGACAUUUUGGACGAAGCGCUUUUGAGGCCAGGCCGAAUUGACCGGAAGAUUGAAUUUCCCCAGCCGAACCUGGAGGCCCGCACUGAAAUCCUCAAGAUCCACAGCCGCAAGAUGAAUCUCGUGAGGGGAAUAGACCUCAAGAAGAUUGCCCAGGAGACGAACGGCGCAUCUGGUGCAGAAGCCAAGGCUGUUUGCACGGAGGCGGGGAUGUUCGCCUUGCGCGAGAGGCGAAUGCAUGUGACGCAAGAAGACUUUGAAAUGGCGGUGGCGAAGGUGAUGAAGAAAGAAGCCGAGAGAAAUAUGUCUUUGCGCAAACUAUAUGCGCUGCUGCCUUCUGCCUACUAUGAGCCCCUAGACACUGACUGGGCUCAAAUUGUUGCAGCAGCAGAGAAGCAGCUGCUGCUGCCACCAGGUGCAGCAGCCGCAGCAACAGCAGCAGCAGCACGGGAGCCAGCAGCAGCACCAGCAGCAGCGCUAGCAGCAGCAGCAGCAGCACCAUCCCUUACGGACUCCCAGGGCGAAGAUGACACUGUGGCUUUUGUGGAAGCAGCAGCUGCGAUAGAGCAAGCUGCUGCUGCAUCUGCAGCAGCACACGUUGAGCUGGUAGCCUUCCACCUGCAGCAGCAGCAGCAGCAGCAGCAGGUGCUGUGGCUGUCCUGCGGCUCGCUGCCCUUCACCCCUAUGCCGGACUUGCUGCUGCUGCUGGUAGGGCUGGUGCGGCUGCGCUGCAGCAGCAGCAGACUGCUGGAGUGCCUCAGCAGCAUCCUGAGCAGCAGCAGCAGCAGCAGGCUGCAGCAAAUUGAAGCAAGCCACCUGCCCACGCUGCUGGUUUGCCUUGCAAAUUGCUGCUGGCUUUCUCUGCCGCCUUUAGAAACAAUUUGCUGCACUGUGGAGCAGCAGCUGCUCAAGCUGCUGCCCCAAAUUUCGGACGCCGAGCUGCCCCCGCUGCUGUGGGGUUAUUUGUCGCUGCUGCAUGCGCGGCAGCUGCUGGCAGCAGCAGCAGACUCGGCAGCAGCAGCAGACUCAGCAGCAGCAGCAGACUCAGUAGCAGCAGACUCAGCAGGAGCCAUCGCUGAAACAGCAGGAGGAGGAGCAGCAGCAGCAGAAUCCGCAGCAGGAGCAGUAGCAGCAGUAGGAGCAGCAGCGGACGCAGCAGCAGCAGCAACAGCAGCAGACUCAGCAGCAGCAGCAGCAGCAACUGCUGCUGCUGCUGCUGCUGCAAUUCCCCUGCCGCCUGCGCUGCUUGAGGUGCUGUGGAGAUUUGUAGGCAGCGCGAAGGCCCUGGAGAGUCACCAUCUUCAUUUGCUGCAGGUCUUAUCCACAGGGCUGCGCGUGGCUUCUUUGCUGCCUCCUGUGUCUCUGGCCCCUUUAGCUGCUGCCAAGUUUUGCUGCUUAAUGGAGACAGUGCCAGUGCCAGGUGCGGCUGCAGUGGGGCUGGGGGGGCUGCCGCUGCAGCAGCUGCUGCUGCAGCAGCUGCUGCGUCGCCAGCAGCAGCAGCAGCAGCAGCAGCAGCAGCAGCUGCAGCAACUGCAGCAGCAGCUCCUCUUCGAUUAUAAUCCUCAUGAUAAAGAUCGAGAACCACCUCCAUUUCUUUAUGACACAAAACACAGAAAGUGGGGCCCCCAGGAAGCCCCAAAAGUUGCUGCAUUCAUUCAGAAGGUGCAGCAGGCCCUCAGCAGCAAACAGGUACGGUGUGCUGCCUCUCUGCCCUUUUUCCCCUUUACGGUGGACUUGGCGGUGGCAGCCCCAGAGGGCCCCCUGGGUCCCCCAGAGGGGGCCCCCCAGGGGCCCCCGGCGGCCCCCGGGGGGGCCCCCAGGGGCCCCCAAGGGGCCCCCCUCGUAGGGGGCCCCCUAUGCCUCCCGAAGCCCGGGGCGCCCCUAGGUGCUGCUGCCCAUGACUGGGUGGUACCUGAUUUGGGGUAUGAGGAAGAGACUGAAGAAGAAAGGAAAGAGAGGCAGCAGCAGCAGCAGCAAGUGCUGCUCAGCCCGGGGGCCCUCCAGCAGCUGCAGGAGCAGCAGCAGCAGCAGCUGAAGCAGAAGCAGCAGCAGCAGCUGCAGCAGCAGCAGCUGCAGCAGCAGCAGCUGCAGCAGCAGCAGCGGCCGCUGACGCAGGUGCCCGGCAGAAGGGGUACAGCUCUCUUUGUUAUCAGCAGCAUCGAAGACAUAAUCCUUAACAACCUGGAAGAGGCCCCGCAGGGGGGCUCCUCUGGGGGCCCCCUGGGGGGCCCCCCCAUGGGUGGGGUGCCCCCGCCCCCUGCAGUACCCUUUUUUGGGUUUCCCGUUUAUUUCCUUGAGGGGCCCCAGUGGCUGCUGCGUCUGCCUGCCUAUGAAAGAUGGCGGUGA